CGUCUGGUCCGGCAGCUUUCUGUGGAUUUACUACCUUCAGUGCACACCUCAGCUGAUGUUCCUGGAGAGUGAGAAACUGGGGGCUGGAGGGUCGACAAUGUACUAGCGGAGUGGCUGAUCUUGAUGAAGAAGCUGUUAAGUUCAUCCGCUAACGAGGCCUUUGUGUUGGCUGCUGCCGGCGACUUGCUUUUGUAUUUCGUCAGCUGCUGGAUCCCUUGCCACAUCCGCUGUGGGUCUUUGUUCUCCAGCGAGCUGAAGACGAAGAUCGAGAAGGAGGACACAAAGCGUGAGCUGCUGGGUUCUCAGAGCCAUGUGUCCGACUCGCUGUGCAUCCGCUGCCUGCAGCCCUUCAAAUUCCUGGUCAACAGCAAGCGCCAGUGUCUGGACUGUCGCAUGUUCACCUGCAAGUCCUGCAGCCGCUACAACAAGAAGGAGCACGGCUGGGUGUGCGACAACUGCCGCAUGACCAGGGUGCUGAAGAUCGGGACUCUGGGUUGGUACCAUGACAACGUGAGGAACCGCUUCAAGCGCUUCGGCAGCGCCAAGGUGAUGAGGUCACUGUACCAGCGGCUGAACGGAGACGGUGGUCGUGAUGACGACACUCAGAGUAUGCCGGACGUUCGCAGCCACAUGUACAACGGUAACGAGGACGACCAUGGGGAGGCCGAAGCUCAGCGCUACAAAGUGAUGAGGAAGAGUAAGCGCCUGUUGUCGGUCCAUCCCAUGGACUUUGACAACGAGGAAUAUCUGCCUUAUUCCCGCCGACCGUCUGUGCAGAUGCAGGACGAGCGGUGCUACAGGAACGAUGUGGACUACGACUACUACAACCACCGGAUGAACCGCAGGAAGAGUCUGGACCGGUACGCCAUGAGACCCGAAGACUACGGGGACAACCGGAUGGUCCGGACCCGCUCUCUGUCUAAGAUCAGCUCAUCGGUUGCCCGGCAACAGUACGUUGACACGUCUGACGAGGAGGAGUACCAGCGCUGCCCCCCCAUGUACCAGCAGCCGUCCUAUCGCCGCAGGAACAGCCGGGCGUCCUCCCAGGAGAACCUGGGCCAAGCCCCACCGAUCAACGAGCUGAACAAGAGGAUGUCGGCCAUCGAGAGUCUGCUGAGCCGCCUGGAGGAGAAGAUCACGCCCGGGGACGAGGCCUCCGGUCCGUCGGCUCACAGUGAGGAGGAGAAGCUGAGGAGGAAGCUGAGCGAGCUGGCCGGGAACCUGAGCGACAAGGGGCCGUCUUCGGACGACGAGGCCACCAGGAAGCCCUCCUCCCUGGGGAAGAACCUGGCUGGAGCCAGGCUCGGAUCGGCGCUUGCUCUGGACUCCCUGAAGGACAAAGACCUGAGUUCCUCCAGCGACGAGAUGCCCACCGAAGCUCAGAAGAGAUCGACCGCCGCCGCCCUCUGUGACCUCACCACUGAGGUCCUGAGAACCAUUAAUGCCACAGAAAACGCAAUGGUCGAGUACGGCCUCGCAGAGCCGACCGACAGAACCCAGUUAGCCGGUUCUGACGUAAAGCAGGCCGAUGAUGCGUUCAGGGAACUUGAGGAAAAUGUGUACAUCACAGCCGGUCAGUCCUACGAGCUGGAGGCCAAACUGCGGCGCCUCGAGCACAGCGCCAAGAACCGUUUUGGAGGGACCACGGACUCGGAGCUGUCUGAGCUGGAGGACGUGGUGGCGCUGACCGCCGCCAGGGUCCAGGGCGCCGAGAGCGAGGUUUCCGACAUCGAGACUAAAAUUGCUGUUCUGAGUGCCGUUGGAUCCAAGAAGAAGGUUUCUGGAUCUCAUCAGAGGAAAAAGUCGACACAAGAUUUCAAAGCUAAUGGAGCUCAGUGGAAGUCCAACAACAUGUUUUGAAGCUGAAGUUUCCUCCUGGUGGCUCCAGAAGCUCCAGAAGCUCCAGAUCCAUCAGAUCACUGCUGUUCAUUAACAUCCUGAAAUGUCUGAGCUGAGAUCACAAAGUUCUGAGACAGUUUUAAGGAGAAGCUGCUCCUCAAAGCUUCAACUGGACCUUUAAUUUGACGACAAUACCAGGAAGAGAAAUCCAGAGAGGAACUGUGGAGAAUGUUCUCUCUGUGGUUGUUUUGUGUCUCUUAGUGGUCGUUUUGUGUCUCUCUGUGGUCGUUUUGUGUCUCCUCCUCUGUUAAUCUGUUUUCUGGUUUCUAACCUCCUUGGACUAAAUUAAUCAGAAAUGGAUCCAGAUUCUCAGAACUUUUUUUUCGUAGCUCAAACAUCAGAUUUGUUUCACAACUAAAAGCGGCUUUUCCUGUUUUUCUUGUCAACUGAUUUUCUAUCGAGACAUUCUCAUAGAAAUAUCAUUUAAUCCACAGAAAACUAGAAACUAAACAAGAAUGUUUGAUCCAGAAAUGGAAAAAAAAUCAAAAAGAAAAUAAAAUGAAAAAAAUAUUUCAAAAAACAUUUAAAAGAAAUGAAAAAAUAAAAUGAACGUUAAAAUAAAAUUCAAUUGAAAUUAAACGAUGUUAAAUGUUUAAAAAUGCAGAAAAAUAUUAAACGUCUGAAAUAUUUUUUUUCCCAUAUUUACUUCCAAAGAAGUCGGAUGAAAAAUGAGAAAUAAAAUAAACAUUUUAGGGGAAACAUUUAAAAAAAAUCUAAAAAAAAAUGAAUAAAUAAUGAAAAUCAUCAAAUCUUUAAUUUUAUUGAUUUUUUUUUAUUGAUUUGAGUUUGGUUUCCGAUCAGUAAUGUUGAUCUGAUGUGUUUUGAUUGAUCUGUUUGUUUUUUUUCACUUAUUGAUUAUUGAUGGAUCAGUUCUGAUACUGCUCUUCUGUGUUUGGCUUCCGAUCAAUAAACUAUCCAAUCACC